AGAGGAAAAAAACAAAACAACCAACAACCCUGCCAGUGAGAACUGCAGCUGCCUUCCUCUGCCUAGCGGUUGGUGAGUGAGUUGUUGAUUUUCACCACCCUCUUUCAAGGUGUGAUAGGAGCCAUCUAACACCAAAGAGGGAUUGCGGCGUUUAAAAAACGUUUUAGAGAUGGGCACGAACGAGGAGGCUGAAGCAGAGCCCCGCUCUUCUCCUCCGCAGCAGCAGCAGCUAAAGAAAGAGGAAGAGGUGGAGAAAAGUGCAGCGGUGGCGGUGGAGAAAGACGCGCCAGUGAAGCAACAACCUGCUGCUGCCGUGUCAGCUCAGGAGGAUGUGAACCUCCUCAACACGUACGUGUGGCACACGGGAUCCAAGCCAUCACCGCCCGCUGCCGCCACGGCCGACACCAACUCACAGAGGCCCUCUCCCCAGGGCGGAGGAGGAGGAGGUCAGCAGGGGAACAGCAUGGAGAGAACCGAGAAGAGCACCUCCAACAAGUGGGGCAAGAUGAACUGGCGCAAAGCCCACAGCGAGGACCACAAUGCUGACAGAGCCGUGACCGGUGGAGGCGGGGGUGCCCGUGGUGAGGAGAAAUCCAAGCAGGAGAAGCCGGCCGGGGGGCUGAAGAAGAACCCGUUUCGCAGGGCCCUGUCGGAGCCCCCCGGGUCCCUGUUGUCCACGAUGCGGGGCAUGUCGGGGCAAGGGGCCUCUGCGUCUUCUUCCACGACCACCACCACUGGUGGGGCCUCAGGUGAGGCGUCUGGUUCCAAUGGACAGGAUUCAGCGCAGAGGGGCAAGUUCAUGAAGUACCUCCAGAACGUCUCUCGCAAGAUCAAGAGGCCUCGACUGCAAAGCCGCCCCAGCCAGUCCCACAUUGACCCCCAUGCAGGUGGCGAGACGGGCUCUGUGGUGGAUGCUGAGCCGGUGUCCCCAGAGGACCUGAGGUUGUCCUGGGUGCCCCCGCAGGACGUGCCCGUCUGGGACAUCAACAGCUGCCUGCUGCAGGACGGACUCAUCAUCAUCCGAGAGGACGAGCCCCUCUUGCGAACGCGGAACCGAGCCAGCAGUCUCCUGUCUGGGGGCUCACUGAGUCUACAGAACCUCGCAGAGAGCCACACAAACCUAGAAUGCACCCCGGAUCAUGUGACCCCCUCAACGACCAAUCAGAAGAAGGGCCAAAAUGUUGGAGUCAAGGGAAUGAUCAUGCGCCGCAUCCAGGCGACUGGUCUGCGAAAAAGCAACACACAAUUGGACAGCGCUGGAUUAACACGUAGCAAACAGUUAGGUUCUGCAGAGUCUCUGUCAGUGCCUGUGACUGCGGCGGAGAAUCUGGACCUGAGUGCGGACCAGAGCACUAUCAUCAGACCCGUCCACAGCUCCAUCCUGGGGGAGAAGUACUGCUUCGAGGUCAUCAACUCGGAAAACAACCACUGCUUCGGGUGCAGCUCAGCAGCCGAGAGAGACAGAUGGAUUGAGAACUUGCGACGCACGGUCCAGCCAAACAAGGACAACUGUGAACGUACGGAGCACUCUCUCAGCUUGUGGGUAACGGAGGGCAAAGCCCUGCCUCCAAAGCGGCGCUACUACUGCGAGCUGCACCUGGACGGCACCUUGUUCGCUCGCACCACGAGCCGCGACGUGGGCAAGCCCACCACCCCGCAGUCCACGCAGACUAGCGACGGCGGCGGUGCCACCUCGGGGCUGGCGCCACCCGGCGGACAGAUCUUCUGGGGCGAACUGUUUGAGCUGGACAACCUCCCUCCCGUCGCUAAAGUCACCCUGCACCUGUUCCGCGACGAGGACGCCAAGAAGAAGCGGCACUCCAGAGACGAGUCCUACCUGUACCCGCUGGGCAGCGUGACCUUGCCCCUGGCUGACAUCCAGGGUCGUGCCUUCCAGGAGAAGUGGUAUCCCAUCAUCCCCUUCAAACCGCCCUCUGGCUCUGGGAACGGCAAGGACCAGCUGGGGCCCCAAGCAUCCUUGAGAAUCAAGGCCCGCUUCCAGAACCUACAGGUGCUGCCCAUCGAGAGGUACAAGGAGUUUGCGGAGCACCUCACCCUGAACUAUCUGGACAUGUGCGGCAGCCUGGAGCCCCUGCUGAAUGUGAGGGACAAGGAGGAGCUGGCUGGGGCGUUGGUGCACGUACUUCAGAGCAUCGGGAAGGCUAAGGAUUUUCUAAUUGAUCUCGGAAGUGCAGAAGUCCAGCGUCUGGGUGAGAAAGAGGCUCUAAUAUUCCGCGAGAACACCCUGGCGACCAAGGCCAUCGAUGAGUACAUGAAGCUCGUGGGCCAAAAGUUCCUCAUUGACACAUUAAGAGACUUCACAGCUCAGCUGUACGAGUCGGCCGAGAGCUGCGAGGUGGACCCACGGAAAUGCCCGUCGUCCGAUCUGGCCAACAAUCAGAGACACCUACGACACUGCUGCGAGAGGGUGGUACAGAGGAUUACGGAGAUGCACAGCUCGUUCCCAGUGGAGCUGAAUGAAAUCUUUUCCAACUGGGUGGAGGAGUGCCGGGGGCAGGGCCGCCCCGAGAUUGGCCAGCGCCUCAUCUCCGCCUCGCUCUUCCUGCGCUUCCUGUGUCCCGCCAUCCUCAGCCCCUCCCUCUUCGGCCUCAUCCAGCCGUACCCGGAGGGCCCCACCCAGCGCACGCUCACGCUCACCGCCAAAGUCGUCCAGAACCUGGCCAACUUCACCUCAUUUGGAGAGAAGGAGGAGUACAUGCUCUUCAUGAACGACUUCCUGGAGCAGCACUGGGAGCGCAUGAAGGACUUCCUGCAGAUGGUGUCCAACCCGGACAGCGAGCUGGACAUGGCACGCUUCGACGGCUACGUGGACCUGCCCCUGCGGCUGGCCGUGCUGCACGGCCUGCUGGUGGACAUUAUCAGAGUCAUGAAACAGGACACCAUUGACCACUUGGAGCCCCUCCCUUCGAUCCUCAACCAGAUCACUGACCACCUGGGCCCGAACGCUCCUCGGAUCACUGUAAAUAGCGUUGAGAUAUCAAAGCCUGUGUACGUGCCCCCAAAGGAUCUGAGCAAGUACAGCCCCCACCACAACUCCAUGCAGCAACUGAGCGACGCGGCCAAGCAGCAGCCCCCCGGCUCAGACCGGCCCCGGAGAGGGGUGGCCCGGACCAGAAGCGUCCCCAGCAGGCCGCACGCCAUGCACAAGCAGCCCAAGAGGCAGGCCAGCAGCGAGAGCCUCAACGUGGACAAGAUAGCCCCCCAAAACUCCCAGCAGCAGCAGCAACAGCAACUGAAGAUCUCACACCCUGAAACACCCAGCAAAGUACAUAAUCCUAAUCCCGUGCCCUGGAUCAAGGAACAAGGAACGUAUCAGAUCCCGGCAGAACACGAACAGAUCAACCUGCUGGACAAGGAGCUGACGGACCUGCGUCUCGGCGUGGAGCAAGUGACGGAGCGAGAGCUGGAGAUGGCUAAACGCCUGGAGGACUUCAUCGUCCAGAGCCAGGACCAGAACGCCCAGCUGCAGGCGGAGGUCAACGACCUGCGGAGCCUCUUGGCGACGCGUGAGGAGCAGCUCGCUAGUGCCACCUUCAGGCUCGGCGUUAUAGAGGAGGAGAGGGAGGAGGACGAAAGGAAAUUAAGUAUUGCGAUGGCAGCGGCUGAACGAAUGAAUGUCUUGGAGGAACAGUUUGCAGGCCUGCUGCAAAACGUGCAUCAGAUUAAAGGACCAAACUCGGAGAAUGUGAAUAAUGCACUCCACUGUGGCAUGGCAGAGGCAGAACAGCCUCCAAUGGACAUCAACUGAUUUCAGCGGUGGCCCCUGGACUGGCUUCAACAUUAAAACAAACAAUG